AUGCAGAGGAGCAAAGGCUACUGCAGCUACUGUCGUGUCACCUACAACAACCUGGAGCAGCAUUUGUUUAGUGCUCAGCACAGAAGUGUGACCAGACAGAGCAGACAGCGGUUAAUAAAUAACAACAGCCUGAUGGAGCGCUUCCUGCAAGACGUGCUUCGUCACCACCCUUCCAACUACCAAGACAGCAGUGCACAACAAGAGGCUCCUGAGCAUGCCGCAUCACCUGAGGUGAUUCGUUUGGAUGAGUUUUCCCCAGAAGACAGAGAAGCCGAAGAGAAAAGCUCCAAGAGCUCCGAAUCUGCUGAGGAGUCGCGAGCGCGUCCCGGUGCCUCCCAGAGCUCUGCGAAGGAGGUUUAUGUUCGACCAUCAGUUAUUCAAAAACUAGAGAGGGGACAGCAGCAGCCUUUGGAGCUUAAUAAAAUUGAGAGUGGUGUGAGAAAAAUUAAUCUGGUAGAUAUUGGUCAACCGUCAAAUAAUGGGCAAAGUGUAAUCCGUCCUCCUGUGAUUUGUAAUGCUCCUGCUAGUUGUGCGCCUGGAAAUUCUUAUGCUAGACCAGUUUCUGAGAGUGCUAGAGCACUUGCUGAGAGUACUAGACCUGUUGCUGAGAGUGCUAGACCAGUUGCUGUGACUACUAGACCAGUUGGCACGAGUGCUAGUCGGAUACCAAUUCGUUUACGUUCAGUUAGCAAACGUAACCCAAGCAAAGUUGACAAAACUAAGCAGCUAGAUGAGGGCCCUACACACCAUACGCUGUCAUGCCAUCCAGAAAUUGCUUCAGUUUCUCAUGAGAAUCCUAAAGAAUCAAAUAAAAAGUCUGUACGAGUAAAUUUAAAUAAUAAGAAAGAUGUAAAAUGUCAGGGUCAAAUUUUGUCACCUGCCUCUAAGUUCCAUGAGCAGAAGGAUACUAAAAGUUCUGUUAGAGUGGAAUCUUCUUCUAAAGUCACAGGAAACCCAGUUGUAAAGCUGAAUAAACCAACUGUGCUGCCUGCCAAACGAAUCUCGGAAGGCGCCAUUCCAAAGCGCCGUGGGAAAUUUCCAUCACAGAUGGGUUGUACUCGGGAAGAAAAGCUUACAGUUCAUAACAAGCCAGCAGUUUCAAAACAGAAGAGCUCAGUGAUUACAAAAGUGAAGUGUAAUCGCAGCUCUCUGCAGUCAGCGUCUGUCCCAGCCGGAAAGGCUGUGCAAGAGUACCGCUGGGAAGAAGAACAAGGUGGUUCUGAAGAUGGGAACUAUGGAUCUCAAGGUUCCGAAAUGAGUUUUGAUGAUGAUUUAUUUUCGCCCUCACCAACUGAUCUAUCUGAAGUGACUGCAGGAAAAACAAAUGUUUCAGAGAACACACAUACUGCUGUACAGUACAAGAGUAAUAAAGCUUGUGAUUCCAAAGUGAACUUGGAGGGUGAGUGUGAUGAUUCUCUUCAGGUGGUUGCCAACAAAUCCCAAGUGAUUGUCAAAGAAAAAAGUCCUCCAAAAGCAGCACGCAUAAGCCUGGUUGAUGAAAGCUAUGAUUCCAGUGGUUCAGAAAUGAAUUUUGAUUGUGAAGACUCAGCAGAGCCAACUGACAUUAACCCCAAGCAGCGUAACAUCGAUGUGAUCUUCCCUAAUGGGAUCUGCACCGAUUUGGUUGAUAAGAGCUAUGGAUCUGGCAGCUCUAGAGGAAGCGCUGCUUCGGUGGCCUCACACGUGUCAGUAGUUAAGGAGACCCCUGUGCACGUAACAGAAAAGAAACGUCACAUGAAGCCUCACGUUUGCCUGGUGGAUAAGAGCUAUGGAUCUAGUUAUUCUGAAUCAAAUUCUGACAGUGAUGGUUUGCCUCAGGCAGCAGGUAACCAUCCCCAAAUGACUGUUACAGAAGGAAACCAGAAAGGCAGACCUGUCCAGCUCAAAACUAAGAAAUGUAAGCCAAGUAGUACCAAAGCACAUCUCGCUUGUGGUGCUUCUCUUGAGGCAGUGUCUCCUCAACCCCAGAGAGAUGCUGGAAGAAAAAAGCUUCUGAAAAAGAAGAAUGCUGGCCUUGUGGAGAUGAACUGUGAGUCUCAUGAUCCUGACAUGGUUUUUCAUGCUGAUGCUCAAUUAGUGGCUGAUGAAUCUCAAGUAGCAGUUGAAGUAAACGCUAAGACUGUAGAUAUUGACUUAGAAAAUAAGAGUGUUCAAUCUAGCAUUUCUGAUCUAAGUUUUGAGUCAUAUGAUUGUCUUUAUCAGUCAGCUAAUGAUGAACUUGAAGGGGAUUUAGGUGAAGUAAAUCUUAAAGAGUUAAAUGAAGCUAAGAGCGGUGGGUGCUCCAUUUCUGAGUUGACAUUUGAUUCCGAUUCCCCUCUUCUAUCAGUUACUGAGCGGUCUCAGCUGGAUGUUGAAAGACUAAAAGAAGAUCUCUUUAACCUGGAAGAGGAGAGCUCUGAGUCAAAUAGCUCUGGCCUAACUUUUGAUUCUGAUAUUUCUACUUGCUCAGUAGUUGACCAGCCUCAAGUAGCUGUUUUUGAGGAAGAGCCUGUUGAUCUGGAAAAUGAAAAUGAUGACUCUUAUGUUUCUGAAAUAUCUUUUGACUCUGAUAUUCCUCUUCACUCAGGAAACGAUCAACCCGAAGUAGCUGUUAAAGAAGUAAUCAUUCAGGAAGAAGAAUACAUACCCUUAGAAAGGAAGAAUGCUAAGCCCAGUGGUUCUGAAAUUAAUUUGGAUUCUCAUACCCCUCUUCAUUCAGUGACUAAUCCUCCCAAAGUAGCCAUUAAAAACCUAAGUUCUCAAAUAUUAAAACACAAAGAAAACAAACCUACUGAUUCUGAACUAAAUAUGAAUCAUGAUACUUUUCAUUCAACUACCGGACAUUUUGAAGAUCUCAAUGACAGCAACUUUCAGAAAGAGGAGUGUGUACACUUAGAAAAUGAGCUUGACAGAGCCAGUGUUUCUGGAACCCAAUUGGAUUCUGGCGCCUCUCUUCCAUCAACAAGUGACAAGCCUCAAGUAGUUGUUAAAAAUAUGUGGCUUCAAAAAGAAAAGCAGGCUGAUUUUCAGGGCAAAAGUGCUGAAUCUGGUGUCUCUGAAAUAAAGCCUAAUGUCCCUCACCCUCCAGCAAAAGAACCUCAGGUAUCGCUUAAAAGAAAAGAAAAGAAGAAGCACAUUGAAAAGAAGGUUGAUCAAUAUGAUGACUCUGACCUGACUUGGAAUUGUGAUGACUUUCUUUGGUCAAUGCCUGAAAGCCCACCACCACUCACUGCUCUGCAGCAGGGCAUUAUUUACCUGGAAGAUGAAAGUCCUCAGAAUAGAGUUUUUGAGGCAGAUGUGGAUAUUAUUAACUCUCUUCAUGCAGUCCCUGACCAAACCCAUCUGAUAUUUUUGGAAAAGAAAAGUGCUGAUGGAAAAGACAAAAGCCACGAACCUAGUGACUCUAAAAUGAGUUUCAGUUCUGUUGAUUGUUUUCAGUUAUUGCCUGAACAAUAUCAAAAAAUAAUUAACCAAAUAAAUAAGUGGAGGGAAGAGGCUGCUAUCCUGAAAAGUAGGGCUGAUGCGCCUAGUUGCUCAAAAGCAGUGCAUGGUUUUGAUGUUUCUCUAGAGUUUACAUCUCGUCCACAUACAAUAGCUAUUCAGCUCGUAAGUGUGGGGGAAGGUGGUCGAGUGUGCUUGGAUAGUAAAGGCCGAAUUUUUUCUGAAAUGCAGUUGGAUUCAGAUUUGUUGCUUCAAGCAAUAAUUGAUCAACCUUAUAUAGCUGUUAAUAACUCAAAGAAAGAAUGUGAGAUUGAUCUAUGUUAUUCUGAAGGAAGCUGUGCUUUUGCUGCCUCUUGCCAACCAGAGGCCAACCAGCUGAGGGAAACUGAGAGAGAAACCUCUGGUCAGGAAAUUGUUGACCUUAAAGUUGAGAGGGGUGCAGAUGAGAGUACUGAAAUUGUACAUGAUUCUGAUAUCCUUCAGCCAGAGACUAGCCAAACCAAAGUCAAUCAAGAGGUGAAACUUCAGGAAAAGUAUCUUGACUCAGAAGAUAAGGAUGCUGAACCUAGUUCUCAAAUAAAUUCUGAUUCUAAUGAACCUUCUCAAGAGACUAUUACAGAAGCACAUCAUCUGGGGAAUGGACAUGUUUUCCUCAAGGGCUAUGAACCUGAUGGUUCUAAACUAACUUACAUUUCAAGUCUCCCUCUUGAUCCACUGAUUCAGCAACAACAGAAUUUGGAAGAGGAGCAUGCCAAUUUGGAAAUGGACAGCUGUGAUCCUCAUCCCUCCGCAAGUUAUGAUUCCAAUAAACCUGGCCAGUCAGUGUCUGGCCAGCUUCAAAAAACUGACCAAGAAAUGAGUCUGAAGGAGGGCUGUAUUUACCCAGAGGAUAAGAACUACAAACUAGUUAGUUUUGAAGGAGGUUACAAUUCUGAUGUUCCUGUCCAAUUUGUGAUUGAUCCUUAUGUGUCUGACAAAGAAAUAAAUGUGCAGGCGGAUCAUAAUGACCUAGAAAAUCAGAGCUAUAAAGCCUAUUGUUGUGAAAUAGAUGAUUCUGCUAUUCAUCUGCAGUCAGAAGUCAAUGUACUUGAGAUGGUUAGCAAUGAAACAAGCUUUCAGAACAAGGGGCUUUCUGACAUGGAAGAAAAGGCCAAUGAGCCUAGUGAUUUUGACAUGAUGCAUGAUUCUAAUGUCAUUUUUGAAAUCGUAGUGAACUCCUCACAGUCCUCAGAUGGAGAAGCCGAUACUUCAGACAUCGUGUUUGUGAGGGAGAUAGCCAGUGAGAGUGAAUGUGACCGUGAAGUAAUUUCUGAUCCUGAUGUCCCUCUUCAGUUAACGCCUGACCCAUCUCAGUUAACCGGGUGUAUGAAUGAAGAAUCCAUUCAGGUAGGAAAGCACUACUGUCACUUUUGUGGUUCUGAGCUAAAAUAUGAAGCUGCUUAUCUAUCAGUGACAAACCAAUCCUCAGACACUUUUACAAUAAUAAACCAGAAGAAUGACUAUAUUGUUCUUGGAGAACUCAUUUGUCAGUCCUGUGGUCAAGGACCAAAUUUUAACAUCACUGCCUCUGAUCCAUCUGUGUUCUACCAGUCCCAGUGGACUGGUCAAGGAUUUGAAGGCACUUCUGAGAACACUGACAGUGAAGUCAGUCUUUGGAAAGAUCCGAACUCUAUUGGACUAAAUGGUAUGAGCCUGGCAUCCAGUAGUGCUUCUGCAGUAGAUUAUGCUGAGUCUGUGAUCUAUCUCACAGCUGAUCAAGAACGUUCUUUGAAGCUACAAGGUGCAGACCUAGCAAGCAGCGGUGACACAUCCUAUAGUUCUCAGGUAGAUUUUCAGUAUAAUCUCUUGAUUCAGGCUGAUGCCAAGCAGCCUCAGAAAGCCUUCAAGAGAAAAUACCCACAAAGGAACGUAUCUUUUGACAAAAAAGAAUACCAUUUUUAUCCAAACAAAUCUCUUUUUAUGAUUGUUCAUGCAAAUAACAUGAAUGAAGGACCGGUGGUCAUAGAAGAUGAUACUACUAAAUCAGAGCUUGAAGCUUUGCCUCCUGUCUCUCAAGGGCCUCAGAAAAUAAAAGAUGAUGAUAGUGAAUCUGAACCUCCUAUGAAGAGACUUAGGAAUGGUCGUUGCUAUGGUUGCCCUCAGAAUACAAUCCAGAAAGUUUUGUUGGUUGAAGAAACAAAACCUACCCCAUCUAAUGCUAAUCAGAACACUGUGUCUGUGGAGACUGUUUCAGAUAGCAACUAUGAUGCAGAGGAAGCUGAAGAUGAUGACGACAUUUCAAUCAUCUCACAUAAUUUAGACUGUGACUGUUACCUAGCAGUAGAGUUUCUUAAAAAGAAUCCUCAGGAUUCUCCAGUCUACUCAUUAAGCACCCAUUCAACUCAGACCAAAUGUAUGAAAUGUGCAUUAAAGAAGAGAAAAAUGGCCGCUGAAGCAGAAGUAUCACCAAAAAGGCAGUGUUUAGAGAGUGAUGCAAAAAACGAAGAUGAUCAAGUCGAGAUAGUCGAAAUCCCCACAUCAAGUACUAACACACUGGAGCUUGGAGAACCCAGUUCCACGGCCUCUGCUCCUCCUUCUUCUGGUACAAAACGGAAGAAACGUGCAUCCUCCAGCUCUCCUAGAAAGAGGAAGAAGACUUGUGCUAAGCAGCCGCGGUCUGUGGGCAAGCGGAGACGGUAUAAUCGGAAAAAGGCACCACCUAAGAAAGCUGGAGGUAAGCCUCCGAAGAACCCAGUCAUACCAGGCUCUGGCACAAGUAAGAGUGCUGACACUCAAAAUGGGCGUGAUGGAAGCUCCAGUGCACGAGGGAAUAGCACUUCCACACAAGUCCCUGAUCGCAAAGCUUUCAUAGCCACAGCAACAUACUCCCUAAAGCAAUGUGGGAACAAUGAAACUUGUGUAGUGCUAGAAAGUAUGGAAAAUCUGAAUCUUUGUGAGGCUGCAAAGGUUAGUAAUUUCCAAUUGAGUCCUUCAAAUAGUGGUGCCAAGGCCUCCCGAAAAUCAGUUACAAAGAAGAAUUACAAAAGUAAGAGUAGAAAAACUCCAAAAAAGAAGAAGACGACUAAUGUUAAAGAAAGUGCUCCCCAAAGCAUUUGUAAAACAGAGGGUCUUGAGGAAGACCAAGAAACUGAGGAGUCAGUUUUGCUUCGUACUAAAGCAAAUUCUAUCAUCAAAAAGUACACUUUGCGAUACUGUAUUUUCUUGAGUCCUAGGUACCAGUCCAAGACCACCUUUUCUGCAGUAAAUUCCAAGAAGAAGAUACCCAAUGGCACUGGACAAAAGAAGAAACUAAAGAAUUCCCCAGUUCCACCGACUCGUGUCAAAAAUCAGCCCAGAGCUAUCGCAGGAUCCUCUCGGAAGCAAUUGGUGCUGCGUUCUUCCAGAACAUCGGGAAGAAACAAACUUGUUGAUAAAACUUACACUUACAAACAGAAAAUACCGAUACUCAGGAGAGAAUACAACUUGAGAAGUUCACAUUGCAGUCCAAAUGGUAGUAGGAUGAUGACUCGACUCUCAAGCAAAUACACGUAA